AUCGUCUUCAAUAUGGCUCUUUUAAAGUUUCUGGCACCGAUAUUACUUUUUUCAGUGUGUAGUGCCCAGUUCUUCAAUUUUAACACAUGUUCCAGCAUCCUUAGAGAAGAUUGCUUCAAGUAUGGCAAUGACCCACAAUGUGGCUCCAAUGCAGUCACCUACAGAAACAGAUGUGAUUUCUCCAAAGCUCACUGUGAAGACAAAAAUGUCCACAUAGCCUCGCACUCCGCAUGCCCAACCAGCACAAAGCCCCCUAGCGGUGCAUCCACCAUCGGUCCCUUACCCAGCACUCUGGCCCCUAUACUACAUGGCAGCGAGGCUGUCCUGGAUUUCUUCUGUUUGAAUUUAGCAUUCAGACCCUGUGAUGGAGGUCCAAACCCUGUGUGUGGCAAUAACACAAUUACGUACGAAAACCCGUGCGAGUUCGAGAAAUCAAGGUGUACACAUCGCUCUCUGCAUAUUGUUCAUUAUGGAAACUGCAGCGGGGAUCCUUUCAACCCCUGAAUAAAA